AACGCAACGCGGAGUCAGUGUGACGAAGUGCGUCGUGCGCAGCGGCAGCGUUUUUCCUUUCCUUCCCCUCAGAAAACCCAAGAAAAUCGAGAAAGCGCUGUGUAACUGUGUGAGUGCGGGCAGUGAAAGAUACGGAUACAGAUACAUCUCUGGCCACAUGUGUGUUCGUUGGCAGGAAAACCAUGCAUUCACAGUGAAUUUUUGAAUAACAACGAAUUUUAGAGCGCAAAAUCAACCGAUUUAAGUGAGAAAAGAAUUAGAAAAAUAAAAAACAAGAAGCGACAGCAUGGAAAACUUACAGCAGGAAAAUGACAUGGAAAGGAGGACCAGUCAGAGUUCCACUUCAUCAGCGAAUCCUGCAAAUCCUGCGAGUCCUGCUGAGGAAUGCGGCUGUGUGCGACUGGGCAAAUGCAAAUGGUUUAACGUGGCCAAAGGAUGGGGCUUCCUUACCCCCAACGACGGCGGCCAGGAGGUGUUCGUCCAUCAGAGCGUCAUCCAGAUGUCCGGGUUCCGUUCGCUGGGCGAGCAGGAGGAGGUGGAGUUCGAGUGCCAGCGCACGUCGCGCGGACUGGAGGCCACCAGGGUGUCCGGGAAGCAGGGCGAGAACUGCCACGGCAGCACCUACAGGCCACGCAUAAAUCGCCGGACUCGCCGCAUGCGCUGCUACAACUGCGGCGAAUUCGCCAACCACAUUGCCUCCGAAUGCGCUUUGGGUCCCCAGCCGAAGCGUUGUCAUCGCUGCCGUGGAGAAGACCAUCUCCACGCCGACUGCCCGCACCGCAAUGUGACCCAAAACCACAGCAACAGCGACAACAGCAGCAGCAGUGAAGUCCCAGAGAACGCAGUCCAAGAGGCCACCUAGAAGAUCGGAAUCCAGCGGUAUGCCUGCACAAUGGAUUGGUAGUUGGAAGUUCAAAACUUCUUUGACAAGUACAAAAUGGAAAUCUAAGAAAAACACACGCAUCAAAUCAAAGAAACCCACGUACAACAAAACUAGCUACUACACUUAGAUAUUAGAGGGGUAGAACAACCCCGAAAACCAACCCUAUGCUAAGUUUAUCCUCUAUUUUUAUAUUAUUUUCUAGGAACCCAUAGAUACUAAGGUUUUUGACUAGAGUACAAGUAAAUGAAUUAAGUUAGAGAGCAUUUCAAUGGUGUGCUAUCCCUCAAACAGAGCUUUUGCACCCUUGGGACCGAACUUAAAGCUCGCUGGUGAUAAGAAAGUCCCGUUUCGCUGUCACGUGGCCACUGACAACAAUGGAGCUUUCCUUGGGGCAACAACAGAAUCACCAUGAAAACGCAGAAUCAUUGUAAGCUGGAAACCCGAAACCCACCCCCCGGUAUGCGGCCACCACCCCCCGGAAAGUGAAACAGUGUGAGCAGCAACAACAAACGGAUUGGGCGAGGACAUGGCCGGGAGGGGAGGAGAAAGUCCUGCCUUUCUUUUUUACUCUCUCUGGCUCUCAGCUCUUGGCUCUUGGCCCUUUUGGCUGUUUUUGUUGUGGUUUUGGACGGCUCGCCAUCAGUUUGCAACAUUUUGUUCGGGCUCGCUCGCUUUCCGCUCUCUAUCUCUCUCGCGUUUUUUGUCCUUCGCCAAGGAAGCAGGAGCAGGAUACCCAAAAGGAUGCAUCCCAAGCCAGAGUGGAGCUCAGUCUUAGUUGAUCUCUGCCAGCGAAUUGUUGUGUGCAACGCGGCGGAACCCUACAUUUACAACAUUUUAACACAGAAAUAUAAAAAAAGACCCAAUUUAAAGGACAGCCCAAAUCAAAUCAUCAACUUUAACCAAAAAACAAUAACUUAGACAACUAAAAGAAUUUCAACAAAGUUAACAAAGCGUUUCAGCAACAAAUUUUCAAAAACCCAAUAAAUACAAUUAAAACAAUAAAAAUAUAAACCCAAAACAUUUGUACAAUAUUUUUUUGCAUAAAAAAUAAAAAGUUUUUCAACGCAUAAAAAAAUGAAGGAGAGGAAAAAUGCUGGCGAAAACUAAGAGUUCAAGGCAAUGUAAGAAUGAAUCUCUACUCUCUGUCUCUGGCAUGAUUCGAAUUAAAGAAAACGAAAACUCUAACCUAAAUCAGUUAAUCUAACAACUCCAUAAACGGUUUAAAGUUCCAACAACACAAUGUACAAAGUCUAAACAUGUUUAAAACUCCUACUUAACUAA